UGGGCUAAGGAAAGAAGAAGGGCUCUAGUGCUGGAUUGAUCUGUGAUUAUCUACAGUACCCUUUAGCUCUUUUCUCAGUGUUGGACUGGCUUUCUCUGAGACAAGUUUGUCUGAGUCUUAAUUAAGGCUAAAUGGUACGGUCUGGGCUGAUCUGAACAGGCCUUAGAGCCAAAGAUUGGCUUGCAGUGCUCUCAAUAUUCAGUAAUAUGCAUUUCCAUUCCUUACAGCUUUAAAAUAGAGGAAAUAAGAUUCAGCAUUGUACAGAAGGGGAUUACAGUAAUGGAACAACUACGGGAUCCGGUUACACAAGAAGAUGCAAAUAUUAAAGCCAUUAGUGAAGAGUACAGGAAAGCCUUUAUUUUUGUCAAUAAAGGACUGAAUACAGAUGAACUGGGUCAGAGGGAAGAGGCAAGAAGUUACUAUGAGCAAGGGCUUGACCACUUGCUCCGAGGAGUUAGCAUUCCAUCCGAGGGUCCUGCGUGUGUAGGGUCCCAGUGGGAGUCUGCCAGGCAAAUGCAGCAGAAGAUGAGGGAGACCCUGCAGAAUGUUCGUGCUCGACUCGGCAGUCUAGAGCAAAACACCCCACCAGUACAAGCAUCUCCUGCUAGGAUGGAUACCCCUCCUGGGGUGCCCAAGUUAUACCCCUCCAUUCCUUCCAAAGAAAAGCCAGAAAGACCCCCUCCCCCUAAUUCUCUGAUGGUACCAAGUCAGCCGCCUGCAGCAGAUGGAAGUGUUGCAGCUGUGAGUCAGGGGCAAAUUCCAGCUAUGAGUCCAUCAUCUGCAAAACCUCUUUGUCUGCCAAAUGAAGCACCACCUGCCUAUACUCCUCAAGCCACCAAUGGCCACUUCACUGUAUCCUAUGGCACAGACUCUGGGGAGUUUUCUUCUGUCAGUGAGGACUACUACAGCAACAAAUGCACUCAGCCACCUCCCCUGGAAAACCUGGGAGUGGAUGCAGAUGAGCUGAUCUUAAUUCCCCAAGGAGUACAGAUAUUUUUUGUGACUCCUGAUGGGCAGGUUAGUGCUCCUUCGUAUCCUGGAUAUCUGCGCAUCGUGAAGUUCUUGGAUACAGAUAGUGAAGCUGCUCGGAAUCGUCCACCAGCAUUUCUUCAGGUUUGUGACUGGUUGUAUCCUCUGAUGUGUACCCAGUCUCCUGUUCUGUGCUGCAACACUGGGGUCUACAUGUUCCCUGACACCAUGUCCCAGAUACCAGGGUCCUACGUGGGAGUCGUGCUGUCUUCAGAACUUCCUGCAGCUGACAGAGAGCUGUUUGAGGAUCUCUUGAAACAAAUGUCUGACCUACGUAUCCAGCCUUCUGAAGCCUCUAGUGAUGCAGUUCACUUGCCUCAGACUGUGCAUAUCCAGCCACAACCUGAAGAAGCAGAAGAUCAGAAAGAGUUACCAGAAUGGAGUGAGAAAGUUGCCCAUGGAAUCUUGUCAGGUGCAUCUUGGGUAAGCUGGGGCCUAAUGAAAGGAGCAGAAUACACGGGUAAAGCUAUUCACAAAGGAGCUUCUAAACUGCGAGAGCACAUUCAACCAGAAGAAAAGCCUGUGGAAGUCAACCCAACUGUAGCAAAGGGACUUCACGUAGCAAAACAGGCUACUGGAGGAGCUGUGAAAGUCAGCCAGUUCUUAGUUGAAGGAGUGUGUUCUAUAGCGAGCUGUGUUGGAAAGGAGCUGGCUCCACAUGUGAAGAAACAUGGCAGCAAAUUAGUUCCAGAAUCCCUAAAGAAAGAUAAGGAUGGCAAAUCUACUUUUGAUGGUGCUCUGGUUGUAGCAGCAAGCGGAGUUCAAGGUUUUUCAACAGUGUGGCAAGGUUUAGAAAGUGCAGCGAAGUGCAUUGCUAAAAGUGUUUCAACUGAGACUGUAAAAACGGUCAAAUACAAGUAUGGAGAGGAUGCUGGCCAUGCUACAGACAAUGCUAUGAAUUCUGCAAUCAAUGUUGGUGUUACAGCAUUUAACAUUGAAAAUAUUGGUAUCAAAUCUGUUGUAAAGAGAACUGCAAAGGAAACCGGACAUGCUGUGCUAGAUGAAUAUAAAGUAUUAGAUAAUGAGAAAAAGGGUAAAAAAUGAAAGCAAUUAAAUACUUCUCAAAGCCUUACAUUAGAGAUGAAACUUCCUGUUUAGAAGUACAUUGCUCAUCUGACAUUGAACAUAAGUCACACUGUACUUUUCAAGCAACUGUUACUUAAUUUGACAGGAAAACGUAAAAGUAGGAAGAGCAUUUGUAGGAGGAAAAAUGAAAGUUGUCACCUCCUUGUUCUGUACUGAACAAGGGGUUUAAACAACUGGAUCAAGCUUUAGGCAACUGGAAGAAUAUGAGUUUGCAAUUCAUAUACUUGCCUCUUUAAGCACUUUUUCAAAAUAAUAUAUAUGGAAUAAUAGAUUAAUAUAGAAAUACUAUUGCGAAUAUUUUUGUAACACUUUAUAUUUAUAAAGAAGGUGGUGAUGCAGAAAGAGUAGGAUUACUACUUCUGAAACAAGUAAAAUUACCAGUUUUGACUUUAUAACUAUCCUUAAGAAUUAGUUUUACUAAUCAAGCCUUGUCUUAUUUAAUAUGCACUACUAAAAUAAGCAUUGUGUUUUCAUUGUUUUGUAGAGAAUUUCUCUUUUCACCUACUAAACAGCUGAUCUUAUCCCAAGUUCAUGUUAGGAGAAAUGAAAGAUGAACCUCAGGUAAUUAGGUAGUCAUUCCCUUUGUCUUUUUUUUUCUCAUCCAGCAUAUAAGUAAACCAAAGAUACCAAGCAUUUCUUCUAAAAGAGGAUAUUUACAGGUCUAGAAAAAUGCAUUUUUCAGUUGACUCCAUAAGGAAUAUACAAAGAUUCUUUGAAAUUGAGGCUUUUAUGUAGAGAGGAUAAGUAUGGUUUUGCAUAAAUUAUUUUUCUGUGAAAAUAUUAGAGUACUAUCAUAUAUCAUGACCUCCUAAUGGAAGAUUCCUAAUGUUUGAACAAAUAGUUCUAAUGGUCAUCAUCUUUAUUCCAUUAAAUUCAUAUGUUGCACAAGGGUGUGAAGUGUUUAAUAAGACUAUGAAGAAAAACUUUUAAUGAAGAGCUGUGUAGAAUAGAUACUGCUGUGUAGAUUUGUCGUCCUGUUUGUAGCACAGUGUACAAUAACUCAAAAUAUUAAAUCCAUGAGAUGCUUUGACACUGCUACUUAUUUAAUACUUUACUAUUGAGUUUAAAGCUGCUGCACAUUCUAAUAUUGGCUGGACCUGCAACAGACAGAAUGUCAACAAUUUACAACUCAUCUCCAUUUCAUAUAGAUGGAGAAAAUAACUAUAAACUGUUGUUGGCAAGUGAUAUUUGUAGAAGAUUGAAAAAAUGCAGUAACAGCUACAGUCUGUUAGAAUGGUAAUAGGUGCAUAUUUUGGGGUAGCUACUGCAGAUGUGUGCUUAGGGUGAGAAAUGUGAAAGAAUGGAUCUAACCACUUGAAGUGUAACUUUGACUUAUGGAAAUAAAGAUAAAAUCUGUGCUCAA